CAGGCAUCCUGGGCCAUGCUGGGCGCAGCCUUACAGGCCAAGCGCCCACGCUGCAGCCAGGCACUGGAGGGCACUGAGGGCAGGAAGGAACUGGGGGACUCAGCCUCCAUCCAGCGCCUCCCCCCAGAGCUGCUGGAUCAUAUCGUCUCCUUCCUGCCGGUGCGGGAUGCAGUGGCACUGGGCCAGACCUGCCGCUACCUGCGCCAGGUGUGUGACAGCGAAGGCGUCUGGCGCCGGGUCUGCCGGAGGCUCUGCCCGCGGCUACGCCAGGACGGUACAACCGGUGCACGCCCUUGGAAGAGAGCCGCCAUCCUCAACUACACGAAGGGCCUUUACUUCCAAACCUUUGGGGGGCGCCGGCGCUACCUCAGCAAGUCAGUGGCGCCACUGCUUUCCCACGGCUACCGCAAGUUCCUGCCCACCAAGGAACACGUCUUCAUCCUGGACCAUGGUGGCACCCUCUUCUCCCUUCGCAACGCCCUGGUCUCCUCAGCCCCAGGUCACAUCCAGUGGAAGCGGGCGUGUCGCUACGUGGUGCUGUGCCGUGGCGCCAAGGAUUUCACCACAGACCCCCGGAGCGACACGGCCUAUCGGAAAUAUGUCUAUGUGCUGGCAUCACGGGAGGUGGCAGCAGGUGGCGGGCGGGCAUGCGACUGCGUGGAGGUGUAUCUGCAGGCCAGUGGGCAGCGUGUCUUCAAGAUGACCUUCCAUGCCUCCAUGAAGUUCCGGCAGCUGGCGUUGACGGGGCAGGAGACAGAGCGGUCGCUGCUACUCCUGACAGAGGAAGGGAAGAUUUACAGCCUGACGGUGAACGAGACGCAGCUGGACCAGCCGCGCUCCUACACUGUGCAGCUCGCCCUGCGCAAGGUCUCCCGGUGCCUGCCCCACACGGCCGUGCGGGCCAUGGCCUCCAGCCAGAGCAGCGCUGCUUACCUCACUGACAAGGGAGCUGUGUAUUUCGAGGUCCAUGCUCCGGGUGUCUAUCGUGACCUCUUCGGGACCCUUCACGCCUUUGACCCACUGGAUCUGCAGAUGCCACUAGCCCUAGCCCUCCCUGCCAAGGUCCUCUCCUGUGCCCUUGGCUACAACCACGUGGGGCUGGUGGAUGAAUUUGGACGCCUGUUCAUGCAGGGGAGCAACCGGUAUGGACAGCUGGGCACCGGCGAUAAGAUUGACCGCGGGGAGCCCACGCAGGUUCAGGGCCUCAAAUGCCCCCUGGACAUCUGGUGUGGCCUCAACCAUUCGCUGGCGCUGCUGCGGGGCGGGGAGCCGGGACAGGCCGUGCUGGGCUGCGGCUGCGGGGCUGGGGGGCGGCUGCCCGGCUGGCCUAAGGGCAGCGCCACUUUCGUCAAGCUCCAGAUCAAGGGGCCGCUCUGUCUCACCAUCUCCUGA